AUGGCUCUCACUAGCAUGGUCUCCACCGUUCCUCUUCUCUCCUUCUUAUUCAUUCUAAUCCUCAAUCUUUUAAUUUCUACAAAUUCGUCGUCUUUAUCGCAUAAUAUCAAGAUUCAGGAACAAGACAAAGAUCCAUUUGUCGGAUUCAACAUCGGAACCGAUGUCUCCAAUCUGCUCACUCCGACGGAGCUCGUCAAAUUCCUACAAACCCAGAAAGUAAACCACGUCCGUCUAUACGACGCCGAUCCGGAUUUGCUCAAGGCAUUGUCCAAAACCAAAAUCCGGGUCAUAAUCAGCGUACCAAACAACCAGCUCCUCGCAAUCGGAUCCUCCAACAGCACCGCCGCGUCGUGGAUCGGUCGAAACGUCGUCGCUUACUACCCCGAAACCUUAAUCACAGCCAUCUCCGUCGGAGACGAGGUCUUAACCACAGUGCCUUCCUCAGCUCCUCUGCUUUUACCCGCGAUCGAGUCUCUCUACAACGCUCUCGUCGCUUCCAAUCUCCACACUCAGAUCAAAGUCUCUACUCCCCACGCAGCUUCGAUCAUGCUCGACACGUUCCCUCCUUCUCAAGCUUACUUCAACCAGACAUGGCACUCGAUUCUGGUCCCUCUGCUUCAGUUCCUGUCCAAAACGAGCUCUCCUCUGAUGAUGAAUCUGUACCCUUACUACGUCUACAUGCAGAACAAAGGCGUCGUUCCGCUAGACAACUGCUUGUUCGAGCCGUUGACUCCGUCUAAAGAAAUGGUUGACCCAAACACUCUGUUGCAUUACACGAACGUCCUCGACGCUAUGGUCGACGCUGCGUACGUCUCGAUGAAGAACCUGAACGUCUCUGACGUCGUCGUGCUCGUGACCGAAACCGGUUGGCCUUCGAAAGGAGAUGCGAAAGAGCCUUACGCUACUCUCGACAAUGCUGACACGUACAACUCGAAUCUGAUCAAGCAUAUAUUCGACCGAUCCGGGACUCCGUUGCAUCCCGAGAUGACUUCGAGUGUGUACAUUUACGAACUGUUCAACGAGGAUUUGAGAGCGCCUCCGGUUAGUGAAGCGAGCUGGGGGUUGUUCUAUGGGAACUCUACGCCGGUUUAUUUGCUUCAUGUGUCUGGAAGUGGGACUUUCUUGGCGAACGAUACGACGAACCAGACGUAUUGUAUUGUGAUGGAUGGUGUGGAUGUGAAGACGCUUCAGGCUGCGUUGGAUUGGGCUUGUGGACCGGGGAGGGCUAAUUGUAGCGAGAUUCAACCUGGGGAGAGUUGUUAUCAGCCGAAUAAUGUGAAGGGGCAUGCUUCGUUUGCUUUCAAUAGUUAUUACCAGAAGGAAGGAAGAGCUUCUGGUUCUUGUGACUUCAAAGGUGUGGCUAUGAUCACUACUACUGAUCCAAGUCAUGGAAGCUGCAUUUUCCCAGGAAGCAAGAAGGUCGGAAACAGGACACAGACGGUGGUGAAUUCGACUGAAGUCGCUGCAAGUGAAGCAGCCUCAAGGAGUCUCUCAAGAGGCUUCUGCGUCAGUUUUAUGAUUCUUGUAACUUCUCUUUUCUUACCCUUCUAG